CGACUGUUUGGAAAGGUUGCACCUAAAGGACCGGGUACAGCACCUUAGUAGACCGGUAGCAUCUAUUUUGGCCAAUAAGGAGCGCAUGGUUGUCACAGACUAUAUCAAGGAUGUAGUCUGUACCUUCUUCUCCUAUGGACGAGGGGAACUUGAUCACAAGAUUUCGUUCCUGGUUAGCGACGACUUACCGUUUGAUAUGCUGUUAGGAAUGUACUACCUUGAGGUUGCUAAGCCCCAGUUUGAUUGGGACAAGAAGGUGCUAAAGCAUAAGUUGCAGGGUGGAAGGACCGUGAGACUGGCCAAGUAUAAGGCUAGUAGCUUAAUAGAAUCCUAUGGCUGCUUGUGCGCAUCAGCGUUCUACAAUUAUUAUAAACAGAACCAAGAGGAGGGUAUGUACCUAGUGUAUGUCUCUGAGAAAGGGGAGGCCGUAAAAACACCCCCAGAGAUAGAACACGUCGUUGCUAAGUUCCCCGAUCUGUUUGAGGAGCCUACAGGAGUCGUAGAAAGGGAGAUUGUUCAUGCCAUAAAAAUCAUUCCAGGGAGUAAAACCCCAAAGGGAAGGAUCUAUAGGAUGGCUCCGGCCGAGUUGGACAAGCUCCAGCGACAACUGAAAGAGCUUACAGAGAAGAGAUGGAUACGGCCAAGUACUUCCCCCUUUGGAUCUCCAGUUCUAUUUGUACCGAAGAAGGGAGGAACAUUGAGGAUGUGCAUUGAUUACAGAGGCCUCAAUGCCAUCACAGUGAAAAACGCAGAGCCUCUACCUCGCAUAGACGACCUAUUGGAUAGGGUGCAGGGAUGUAAGAACUAUAGCAAGAUAGACUUAAAAUCCGGCUACCAUCAGAUUGCUAUAAGACCUGAGGAUCAACACAAGACUUCUUUUCAGACCCGAUACGAUCUGUAUGAGUUUGUAGUGAUGCCCUUUGGCCUUUGCAAUGCGCCGGGUACAUUCCAGCACACCAUGAAUAGGAUCUUCCAUGACUACUUAGAUAAGCUUGUCGUCGUAUACCUUGACGAUAUUCUUAUCUUUAGUAAGUUUGUCGAAGAGCAUGCACAACACGUUGAGACUGUACUUUCACUCCUGCGACACCACGAGUAUAAGGUCAACUUAGAGAAAUUGCUGGCUCAGCAGGAUGGGAAGAAAUUGAGACCGAUUGAGUACAUGAGUAAGAAAAUGCCAUCAAAGAAACUGGCAAAGUCCACCUACGAAAGGGAACUCUAUGCUCUCUACAAGGCACUUGUCCAUUGGAGACACUUUCUGUUGGGACGGUUCUUCUAUUUGAGAACUGACCAUCAAACCCUUAAAUGGAUCAAGACUCAACCGGCUCUUUCUGAUGCACUCAAGCGCUGGAUUGAGGUCAUAGAUCAGUAUGACUUCAAGCUAGAGUAUCUGAAGGGAGAGUAUAACAAGGUUGCAGAUGCGCCGUCACGUAGGGCAGACUACCUAGGGGCGCUAGUUUCUGAGUUUGGUGUAUUUGAGGAAGUAACUCAAUCGUUGGUGGGAGCCUAUCAGGAAGACCCUGUCACGAUGGACAUCAUACGCAAGCUUCAGGCGAAAGAUAAGGCCACAGAAGAGGAGUUUGUGAUGGUGGAUGGGCUACUCUUUCUUGAUAAGGCCGGGUACCUCGAAGACGAAGCUGGAGCUAUGGCGCCGCAGAUGCUGCUCACAAGGGGAGGUCUUUCCUUGUCAUUUGAUAUGGAUGAUGAUCAAGAGAACAUGCUCAACAAUGCAGAGACAGAAGCAGACAAUAUGCUUCUAGCAAGAAUGCUCAAGUCCUCCAGGAUAUUACAACUGACUGAGCCAGAGGCUUACUUUCUGGAAGAUAAUGAAGAGGGACCGUAUAGCCCACGCAAUGAGUUGCAGGCUCUCAGCUUGUUAUACACACGCCUGAUGGCGGCCUCACAAGCGUCUGUCCAUCAGUGGAAGCGCAUGAAACUCAGAGAUGAUGCGGAGGUGGCAGAGGCGGAAGCGAGAAGGAUGGGUGACCCGAAAGCAGAGGUGCUUGAUAUAUCGCCCCUUGACACAGAUCGAAAAGUUUGCACAGAGGAAAAUGACGGUAAGAGUGAGCCGAGCAGCUGCAAUGGGCAUGGUGAGAUAUUCAAGGAGAGUCGUCAUCGUGUGGAGCGGUUGAAAACAAAAGUGCUUGCACUCCUCAAUGAACAAGGCCAAGAAAGCUGUGAUCAUUCAUCAGUCGGGAUGGUGUCAACAGUUACUUCAGAUGUGGCCCUUCAUGAAUGGGCAAAGGAGCAAGGGGUCUUCAGUAAGAUACAGGCUGCAGUUUUUACAAACACUGGGAGGGGAGCUGCUGCAGCAGAAGACAUUGCAGUUGGCGAUGUUGUGCUCGAAAUCCCGCAAGAUCUUCUCAUAUGUGUCGACACAGCAUUGCAGUCUGAAAUGAGGUCUGUUUUUGAGUCUAUCGAAGGAGGUCAGGUGGAGAUCGGGCCAAGGAAGGAAGGGGAGGAAGGAGAUUGGGGGAAGGGGGAGGUCAGUGUAAAUCGGGCGGAGGAAGCAGUAGACGGAGGAGAUAGAGGGAAGGAGGUCAGGCGGAGAUUGGGCGAAGGAAGGGGAGUCAGGUGGCCAGGCGAGGGAGAGCAGACAGAGGUUUAAAGGAAGGUCCAGAGGAGGCGAUUGGGAGAAAAGGGAGGCGGCAGGGAGAAGUGCGGCGGAAGGAGGACAGAAAGCAGAACGUAG